AACCAUAGGAGACGUCGCAAUCAAGAUUUUGAGAAUGAUGUAAUUCUCGAAGGUCGUCCAAUAUCAGCUGCCACAUCCAUCACAUUGACUGAUGAAGUUUUAGAAAGUGCACAUCGUUAUGUGUUAUUCAAUACAGCCAUAGUGGAACCUUAUUUAAAGUAAGUUUGAUGAAAUUUUGGUUGCAUAAUUCACAAAAAUUCAUACCCAAAUAAAAGUUUGUAUAGCCAUGUGAAUCACUUGUUUCUUUCAUUUUCUAUUAGGAUUCAUAUGGAGGAGUUAAAGAAAUUGAAUCCCAGUCUUGGUCUUCCAAAAAAUAAAAGUUUACUUUUGAAGAGGCAAGCUGACAACUUUUCAAAAUGGUUGAAGGAAAAGAUUCAGGUAAAAGCAUGCACAAAUAAUGAAUUGGAGAGACUACAAUGGCUUGCUAAUGGUCCUAGAAAGCAUGCCUUGAGUUAUACGGGCUAUAUCAUCAAUGGGCAGCGGUUCCACACAAAGGAAGUUGAGAAAUCAACCCAAAAUAGUGGUGUUUCCAUUGAUGCGACAACUCUGUGCCGAUCAAGUGUGAAGGACAAUGCACAAGUUGUUGAUGUAGUCUCAUACUAUGGGGUGAUAAAAGAUAUAAUUUUGUCAGAUUAUCACACAUUUCAACUGCCAUUGUUCAAGUGUGAUUGGGCAAACAUUGGCCAUGGUGUUAGGAUGGAAGAUGGUUUUACACUUGUUAACCUACACCAAGGUCAGACCCAAUAUGACAAAGAGCCAUUUAUCCUUGCAUCCCAAGCAAAGCAAGUUUUUUAUUCAAGGGAAACUAAUUCUUCAAAUUGGUAUGUUGUACUAAAGGCACCUCCUAGGGGAUUUUAUGACUUGGAAAUGUAUGAAGAAACCGUGGAUACAUCUUGUAGGCCGCAAGAUGUUUCAGCACUUGGUAUGGACGAUGAAAAUGAUGAUGAUGAAAGGAUAACUAACAUUAGAGGAGAUUGUGAGGGUACAUUGAUUUGAGGAUUUGUAGCCAUCGCACCUUUGUAACUUUUGGUUUUUCUUUGGAACUUUUGGUAUGUUGUA